AUGGUGGAUUUGGUUAUGAAGAGAUUAAUGAAACAUAUGUUGAAGAAGAAUACUAAGAAUCUGAUGGCAAUGAGGAGGAAUCGGAUGCUGAUGAGGAUUCAUCACAAUGAGGAUGAAGAAAAUUUUUAUGUUAAUAAAGUUAAAGUUCUGGAGAGUGUUGGUCUAGUUGAUGGUGUUGAAGGCGAUUUUAAUGAUAUUCAGGAAGGUAGUGAGAAUUUGGUUGAGUGUGGUGUAAAUCAAAAAGUAGCUAAAGAUUAUAUGAAAGACAUUUUGAUGGGAAUUAUAUAUUUGUUUGAGGAUGAUAGAAACAAAGAAGAAAUUUCAUAUGACACUGUUAAUAAUGUUACUAGAGAAAUGAAGAAAGAAGAUGAAUUAAUUGUUCUAAGUUUGGUUAAAUGUUGUGUUGAAUGUGAAGUUGAAAAUUAUAAAGUAAAGAAGGAUGGAGAAAGUGUUGUAGAAAGUAAAGCUCGUUUUGGUGACACGGAUUUUGGAAAUAGGCUAGAAGAAAUUGCUUUUGGUAUUCCAAUUCUUUGUCCUAAUUCUUUAGAGUAUUGGUAUGAUCAAGAUGUACAUUAA